CCAAGAUGGCUGCCGUAGCAAGACCAAGAGCUGCCAAGCAGCAAAGCGAGACCGGGCUGCUGAUGUCCGUUAUCCGGACGCUGUCUGCCAGUGAGGAUUUUGAGCAGCGUGAGGUGGAGAAACAACGGCUGGAAAAAGCCUUCAAAGAAUGUGACUCAAAGUUAGACAAACUUGUGGAAGAAAACUAUGAUGACUUGACAGCAACAGUGAACCAUUUCAGCACCAUCUCAACAAGUAUCCACACCUGUCGAGAGAGGAUGCAGGCCGUCCGACAGAACCUGAAGUCGUGUAAGAGCCUCCUGCGCUGCAAACGUGAUGAGCUGCGGAAACUGUGGAUCGAGGGGAUCGAACACAAACAGAUCCUGUCACUGCUGCAACAGAUUGAGAAUGUGAAGCAGACCCCAGAGAAGCUGGAUGAGUACAUGGCUAAGAAACAUUACCUGCACGCUACGGAACUACUGGUGUCGGCAGUUGCUUCCCUGGAAGGAACCCUCUGUGGUGUCGAGGCCCUCAGGGAUGUCAGAGCAGAACUGCAGAACAAGAAAGAGCAAAUGCACGAGGUUCUAAUCGAGGAGCUGCAUCGUCACCUGUACAUCCGCUCCACUGCACAAGUCAACAAACCUCUGCGCAGACAGGGGUCCAUCAAGGGCACGGCCAACCGGGACGUCUCUCCCAGUCCGGGCAGGAAACUGCUGCAACAAGUCCUAGCCGAGGGGAUUGCAUCCACCCCAGGGUCUAAGGGACACAAGAGAGGACACUCAAGGUCUCGGAGUCUGGACUACAUGUCUCCGGGUGUGUCCGCCGGUGACGACGACCCUGCCCAGGUUCAGGAGAACAUGGAGGGUGACCCUGAGGCAGACAGUGUACAGUUCAUGUCUGUCCUGGUCGAGUCACUCUCCAUCCUGCAGAAAAUACCAGAAACAGUGGAGGCUAUCAAGAGCCGUAUGGAGAAGGAGAUGACACUGAUCGUACACAGGACAACAGCUCAAGUACUGGACAAUGCUGAGCAGAGAGGAGAAACAGCCACCCAGCAGAACCAGCCCCGGCUCCUGCUGGAACUGUUUGAGCUCCUGUUUGAAAAGUUCCGCUGCGUGGCACAGGCCCACGACGCAGUCCUGCUGUUCCUGCAGCGCAUCAGCAACUCUGCCUCUCAUGGACAAGCUGAGUUUGAGCUGUAUGGAAGGGAAGAUGUGUGGUCUAGGAUACAGGCUGUGCUGCAGCUGGUGCUGAACGACUACCUGGAUGUGAAGAACACAGCGUCUGCCUCACAGAACCAGGUGCCGUCUGCCUACACAGAUGCAGCAGUUGAUAUCAGCACAUAUUUCACCAAAAAGAGACACCAGAAAGUAAGGAAGUACCCUCUGUUCAAGUUUGAGAUGUCGUCUCAUGCCAUCAGUAUGAACAACUACCUUCGAGAACAGAAGAGAAAGAAAGGAGGGCUGGGUGAGCCAGACCUGCUUGAGAAUGGGACAGAGGUUCAGUAUGUGUGUGAACCUGGUGCCAAGAACAUCACGGUCAUUUUCAACACCCUGCAGAGGUUUGUGAUGGAGAUUGAGGUGACACUGCAGUACUCAUCAGGUGCUCAUUGCCAGCUGCAUGACUUCCUGACUGACUACAUCAAGACAAUUUUCCUGGGCCAAGUUCACAUGGACGUCAACAAGAACAUACAACAAGCCAGCAGGGGUGCAGAGGCCUUAAAACUGUUGACGGACGCUCAAACAAUGAAAAAUAUGGGGCUACAGAGACCACUGCUUCAGAGCACCAUAACAGUGGAGCGCUGUCUGUCUGAGCUGCGUGAGCUCAUGUACGCCCUGCCCGCCUACUCUGACCACUUCCUGUCCAUGAUCUGUAAGAUGUUACAGGACUACAAGGACAUGUGCCAGGCUGCUUACAGAGGAGUUGUGCAGCGAGGUUCGGAGGAGCAGCGGAUCAUCAGCGCCACCUGGGCGAAGGACGAGGACAUCAGCCGGCUGCUGCGCUCGCUGCCCAACUGGCAGAACCUGGAGAACAGGCGGGCGCGCAAGGACGACGAGGCAGAGAACCCGGAGGCCGUCAGGGCCAGGAACACCAAGCAGAGGGACAGGACAGAGGAGAGAAUUGCCACCAUGUGGAACAACAAGGAGUCUGACCUGCUGACUAACAAUCUUGGCGACUCCCUCAUACCAAAGUACGAGGUACUGCAGGAUGUGAAUGACCUCAGGGUGCUGGCAAAUCUGCACGAGAGUUUGGAGUGGUUUGCAGGGCGGAUCCGUACCUUUAACAGCACCCUGCCGCUGGCCUCCCCUGCCAUGGGCCUGAGUCCUGCCAGCACAGACUCCAACCCUUCUGACCUGCAGCCUGUAUCUCCUGCCACACUAGCGUCGUUGACCUCUCUGGCCCGUGAGUUCCAGGAUCUGGCCGAGACGUGCUUGCUGGUUCUCCAUCUGGAAGUCCGAGUCCACUGUUUCUUCUUCCUCCUGCCCAUGGCAAAGCAGAGUAACUACAGUGGGAACCUGGAGAGCACAGACCCUGAUCCACUGGUGGUCAAACUCAACAAAGACUUGAGCAGCAUUGAGGAAUCUCUCACAACUUCACUCAACACACACAAGUUCAGGUACAUAUUUGAAGGCCUGGGUCACCAGAUGUCGUCCAUCCUUGUCAACAGUACUCAGUACUUCAACCGUAUCAGCCACUCUGGCAUCAAGAAAAUGUGCAGGAACAUCUUUGCUCUCCAACAGAACCUGACUAACAUCACCAUGUCCAGAGAAGUGGACCUGGAUCACGCUCGGCAGUACUACGAGAUGCUCUACAUGACUGUGGAGGAGAUAUUGAACAGCCUAGUUGAGCAGGGGGUACACUUUACAGAGCUGGAGUACGUCAACGCGCUGAACCUGCUCCAGCGCAGCACGCCCGGGACGGACAGCAAGGCCCACGCCGCACGGCUGUGGCGACUCAAGGAGAUCAUGGCACAGAAAGUCGGGAACCAGAACGCAGAGAUGACAGAAAUAUGAUGGGAGAAUCAAAUCUGCUGAGACUUAGACUUAGGGGCUGUGCUCCCAAAGCAUGAGUGUUCAAGCAAGUUUGGUCAACACCCAGUCUCUUUACACCCAGUCUCUCCAAUUCAGACUUGCUUUUUGUAGGAGAAUCAAAUCUGCUUAGACUUAGACUUGGGCUUCCAACACAUGAGGCACUCCAUACCAGCAGGUUCAGUCAACAGUUCUCUUGACAUCCCUCCAGUACAGAUUUACUGUUGGCAGGUCCCUUGACAAUCAAUUGAAAUGUAGCCAUAGCUGACAUGCCUAGCAUGUGUAAAUAACCAUUGAAAGACACAUGUCAAGUAAACACACAGAUGCACUAAAAACAAACCUCCGUACAUGUUAAUGAGCAGAAGGGUCCAGUUUGUCCUGCCUGUAAAUGUACAAUGAAAUAAUAUGCCAAUUUUGGAGGCACAGCACAAACUGUAAGAUGGUUAAAAGCCUUUCAUUGGAGCAGAAAAGGUAUGGAAAGUAUCUAAUGGAGGAGGGUACAUGUACAUCAGAAAUAGAUAAGUGCAAUUGAAUGAUCUAUAACCAUACUAUUAUUAUAAUGUACAUGUAAGCUGUACAUUGUGUUAUUGUGUAACAGCAAUGGAUAGAAAUCCAACUUGUAUUUAAAUUCAAAAAGAUAAAUGAAUAAAGAAAAACAUGACCAGAAAGUCAAGAAAAUGUGUUGAAAAUGUCCAGGUAACAGUUACGCAAGCAACUGGAUAGAUGAAAAUGGUAUUAGUCUUGAAAAUGUCAUUAGUCUGAAAAUUGAAUGCAAGCUUAUAGAAGGCAGUGGUGACUUGUAGUAUGCACAAAAUGAUAUAACUGAGUCUGGAAUCAGUUGAAAUAAUUCAGAAUCUGUAACAAUUUUAUACCCUCCCCCAUACAUGUUUUACGUACAGUUUAUUCAUAGGAAUUGGAUGCGAAGGGCAUUCAGUAUAUUGUGAUAUGUACAUUGUAAUGUAUAAAAUAUUUAACAGGCUUUUUAUAGAAUAAAUGCCCAAACAGA